UCAUGUGCCGAUUUUGAUGGCAGACUGGAGACGUUCUGACUUCAGGCAGAAACUAAAUCCUUCAGCAGAGUCCCAGAACUUCAUUAGAUUAAGAAAAGCAGCCAGCAGGUACAACACAAUGAAAUAUCAGCUGCUGCUUCUUUCUCUUCUGGCAGCAAUUAGCUUUGAUCAGGCUACAGGAGCAGAUAAUAAGAUAAAAGUUCAGGAGACUGCAGAUGGAAUCAAGCUGUCUUGUGGUGACAAUCUUGUUGUUGAAGGAAAUGGCAAGAAUGGGACAGAAGUGACAUUGUAUUACCGUGAUGAUGAAUCUGGAGAAUACGCUUGUAAUGAAGAAUCAAAAAUCUACGUAAAAUUUCGGACGUGCGACAACUGUAUAGAACUUGAUACCUCCUCUAUUGUGGGCCUGGCAGUAGGAGACAUCGUGGCUACUGUUGUGGUUGGAGUAGCUGUCUAUCUCAUUGCUUCUCAAGCUCGGACUGGUCAAGUUAAACCCACCAAGAAAAGGUCUGACAAACAAAAUCUGAUUCAUAAUGAAGCGCCCAAUGACCCCAGCUACCAGCCACUGAAGUACAAGAGAGGAAGAGAUGAAUAUGAUGUACUCAACAGAAAGUAGAACGGAGGUCCAUGCUAACUCUCAACUGCAAGCAAACUUCUACUGGAGGAAACAUCCGGCUCUGCUUCCUGAGUCUCCAUCAGGACAGUGUGAUAUGUGUACAGCUUGUUCUGUCCUCUACUGAUGUAAUUCGCUGUGUUUGGCAUUGUCUUUGAAAACAAUUUCUAUUUGUCAUUUAUGACGCUAUGAACAUGAAUCUCUUUCUGACCCUUUGGAUGAACUCAGUAUGUCAGCUAAUGUAAAAUAUUUCAUUCCAUGUUAAUUUUUGUAACUGAUGAAAAGCUUCUUAAGUUAUGUUCAUGUUUCAAAGGUGAAAAGUUGAUAAAUUGGAACAUUUGAAAUCAAGUAAAUAUUUGUUACAGGCCAAAGAAAGUGUACUAUUAUUGCUUUGUUUUAAACAUAUUUCAGUUGUUUAUUAUUAGACUGAAAGUUUUAAACUGGCUCAUUUAUGUUACAUUAUCUAUUCUUGUUUUAUUGCAUGUUUUACAAUGCUUUGGUUUUUUCACAUUUUUGUUUCCUCUUGAAAGUUCAACAAUAAUAAUACA